UACUGAAUAGCCAAUCAAAUGCCGCUACCAGCAAUUAGUCGUGUAACAUAAGCGUCCGAAGCGUUCCGAAAGAAAUGUCAAACUCUGCUAUUUACACAUUUUGGAUAUUUACAUCAAAUUUAGACUAUAUGGAACACUAGGUACAGUUUUGUAGGGAAGAACAAAGUGUUUGUAUAAUGGCAGAGAUGGACACCAUGAUACAGGAGGAUUCUACCUCAACAAACACUGACAGAGACAAUCUUGACAGACUUUUGAAGAUAUUUAAUGGAGGAACAGGUGUCAAUCUUGGGGACUUGUUGGUGUCAGUUAUAGAAGCCCAGAAAAUCUAUGACAGCACCCAGGAGACUGAGUAUGAAAGAGAACUGGUUGAUAUCAUAUUUGCCAGUAUAAAAGGCUGGCGUAUCAGAAAGAGGCCUGAUAUGAAAUUGAAACUGGAAGAAGGAAAGAGGAAAGUAACAAUAAAUGACACAAGGCGCCCGCCACCUGUAGCACCUCAUAUGACACAGCGUGUAAAAACUUUCUACAUGGAUCCAUCAGAAAAAUAUUCACUAUCAUCUAGAGAUACAGUUAUUAUACCAAAUGUGGCAACAAAGUCAGCCAGGGCACGCUCCAUGAUUGGUGGUACACCAAUAACCAAGGAAACUGCUAUUCAAUUAAGAAAAAUCACAUUAGGAACAACAGUUCAUUCUUUUAGUCGGGAAUGGCGUAAAUCAGCUCUACUAUUCCAGGAUUCUUCCACAAAAUAUCCUUAUGGUUUUCAAACAUCUAGAUGUGGAUCUAGAGCAUUGAUACUUUGUUUCCAAGGUUACUUGAUGAAACAUCUAUUAUUUUGUAAACAGUACAGCUCUAGCCUAGCAACAAAACAUGCAUUACAGCCGACAGAUUUUGAGCGUAGGAAGGCAUUAAGUGGUGCUGUAUGUGAUGUAUUGUGGCAAGCAGGGAACCAGAUCCGGUGCUGUGUAUGCCUUCAUCAAGAUACUGCAUUCUUUGAUACAGACUAUCAAUAUAGAGUGGAUGGUAUCACAGAAAAAUUGAAUCUGUAUGAAUUCAAGAAAUUUCAAGACCUUGAAAUGUUUGUUAAAAGACAUCUUAGUCAUUUUGAGCAUGAAAACUCCAAUGGCUGUAUACUACUGUUAUAUAGUGUUAUUUUAUCACGGACAGUUAGUAGGAUAUAUGAAGAUAUGGGAGUCUCGGAGAAUGAUAAAUUCAAGCUUCUAGCAGACAAUGAAGAGUGUAGUAUCCCGUUAGUAAAUUUGUUGUUGUCAGGUAGAGCUGUACCACAUUAUCAUAAUGGGAACAUUAUUUAUGAUAAAGAUGGUAAUUUACUGCCUCAACCAUUGAGAGGUAUCAAGGAGAGGAGUCAAGUUGGAUUUUUAUUUUGGGAUAAAGGGGAAGAACCUGAUGAAAGAACUGAGAUUGGAAGUAUGUUGAAGACUCCAAAGAAUCCAAUAUGGCUGACUCUAGUGAAUGGUCAAUAUGGACUACUUUUUAGCAACAAUGCAGAUCUGGUUUCUGAUUGGAGGGUGGAACAUCACUUUCAGUUGUAUUACUACACAGGGCUUUUAACAAAGACAUACACAGUAUUGACUAUAGAAACACUGAGAGUUGAUGCUCCUGUGACAAGUCGACCUCCGGAGGAAAAGUGGGGACACACACGCUACACAAGACGUUAUAGAUGUAAAACUGGGAUUGCAAGACGAGUUGAAGAAGAAAAAGUGCCUCCCCUUGAACAGUGUAUUCUAACAAAGUGGUAUGGUGCAAAUGUAGACUGGGAUGGUGUCUUUCCAUUCUAUUGAGGUAAAAAACCUUACAUGGAUCAGUUGUUAGUGGAAUUCAUCAAAUGGUCAGUUUCAGAUAUGUAUUCCAACCAAGGACGAAUCUCGCAUACAGAAUGAGAGUAAAUGAAGUGUAUUGUAUAAUGUUGUAUAAAGUUUUAGACAACAUGAAAACAUUCCAGGACCAGCAACAUUCACUUGCCAUAAACAGUGUGCAUUUUAUAGCAUUUAUUUACUGAAUUAAUAUAAUAAUUACACAAAAUAAGUAAGUGUGCAUGUAUAAAUGGUCUCAUAUUUUCAAAAGGUAGAAUUAAGAGACAUGUUUUGAUUUUCAAUUCAUUUAUUAAAUACAAAUUAACGCACAUGGCUACUUAAUGAGAUAGUAUGGACAAACUUGUUGUUAAAUGACUAUGGUUACUCUUUCACUGUGUAUGCCCACCAUAGCUUGGUAGCACUAUUGCACAGAUAUACAGCCAUCUCUACAUGCACACUUACAAGAUUUGUUAAGUGUAUAUCUUACAAUUACCAACAUAUCUAUUCAUAUAUACAGAAUUUUUGAGAAGGGUUGUUUAUAAAAAAAAAUUAAAAUAUCUAAUAUCACAACUAUGCAUGGUCAGCACAUUUGUUCAACACUUAUUCCGCCUCUGUUUGCAGGGUUGAAAUGAAUUAUUUAAUAUCAUUAAUAUUUUACACUUUGUUUUUACAAUGUUUAGAUGUAACAAAUUCACCAUAAAUUACAAAUUAAAACAUUAUUUUAAAUGUUCAUACAGAGUGAUAUAAUGAGAGUCUUUGUCUUGAAAUGGAUGCACUGUAUUUCAGCUUUAUAUAAUUAUAAUAGAUAUAUGGGGGAACAUGUCUGUUGAUUAUUUAAUCUCACCCCGAAUUAGUUACGGCAAUAUGGCAGUAUGGUAUUUUUUUUAUUUUAAAUUAUUUAAAUUAUUUAACUACAGCAAGUGUUAAGAAGGAUGUGUCACAUGUAAAACAAUAACUUUAAUUCUAUGCUUUCCCUGCUAAUGUCAAGAAAGUUCAGGUGCUUGAAUGGAUCUCCCUACAUGUAUAUACCUCAUAUUUGGUGUCAAAAGUGUGGUUUUGAAUUAUUCAAAUAUAUUGUUUAAUUAAUAUUGUUAUUUUUGUUUGGUUUGAAAUAUUUCUUUAUUUUAUUAUGGCAUGAGUAAGCUUGCUAGAAAUGUUGAAAUAUGUGUAAUAUAUGUGGUUUAAAGUUACUUGCUAUUUGCUUUAUUUGAUGGGCAAGGCAAGUGAACAUUUCACUUCUUCUGUAGUGGUCAUUAUACGAAAUCCUUGCAUAAAAACUGUGCACCUAGGACAAGACAUGCAUUAACAGAUAGAUUCUCAUGACCAUCCACCCUUGUUGCAGGUUUUUUAAUAUGCGUGACUCGGGCUUAAUUUAAAGACAGCUUACUGCAAUGAUGGUCCUGGUAGUUUUAACGUCAAAUGUUGUAAUCAAAUGAUGUCACAGAAGCACGUGGAAAUCAUUCAAAUAAGCCACAGUUUCUUUCUACAAAAUACAAAUAAUGAAACACCGAAUAAUUAAUUUGGAUGUAUACUGCAAGAAAAGCAGUAAUUAAUGCUCCCUUUUUUAUCGUUAACAAUUCUGCAGAAGCCCUAAGACUUUAAAUUCCCAUCCCUAUGGGCUUGCGUUUUAAAUGCGUCCUGGUGUUUCUGCAGAUGUUAAUGCAUGAAAAUUAGAUGCAUUUACACUCUAUUAUACAGGCUAAUUUUGUUGAUAUAUUUUUUUUACAUGUAUUUUUUUCUACAUGUAUUUCUUUCAGAUGUUUCUGUCUCAAUUUGAUUGUCAUCAUUUUCUCAAGGAAAACAUUUAAGAUUAAGAUUAUGCAUGUGGUUUAAAAUUGCAAAUAUAUAAUUGUGAGAGAGAUUAAAGCAGGAAUUCAGAUAAGAUCAAAUUAAGAAGAAAAAUACAGUUGUAAAUACUAAUGAUUCUGACACCAACUUGAUCAUCAUUCCAGAUUGAUAGUUAUGUUAUAUUUAGAAAUGUAAGAGCCAUCAUUCUCUUGCUGGUCAUUAUGAAAACUGAGGGCUGCAUUUUACUACAAAUAAAUGUUGUAAUUUAGCACUGAAUACCAGCUUUAAUAGAAAAUAACAUUGGACCAAGUAUGUGUUUUGUUACAUCAUGAAUUAAUGUUUAAUUUUUGUAAUUAUGUUCUUUUUUUCUGUGAUAUCUAAGUAUUUACUUUUACAUAUUUUUUAAAAAUUUUACUAUGUACAUUUAUAUUGCACAUGGUACACAGCUGCACAAUCGUAGCUUUUAGCAAACUGUUAUUUUUGUACAAUUUAUUUAUUUACCAGGAUGUUGAUCAUCUACCUGUGUUAUAAAAUAUUGUUUGAUGAUUGUAAUCACUGGUUUGGCUUUCCAUUAAAAUAGAUCUUCAAUCACUUACCAAUGACCUUUGGAGUAAGAUGAACGUCAAAAGAUAUUUUUACUAUCAUAAAGGUUUUAUAAAUGGACAUAUAUCUUAUAUAUUUGGCAUGGAACAAUUUUGUAUGAUAGUGGGAUUUGAAGUUGAUGGGGUCAAGGUCACUGACACUUAAAAUAGAAUUUUCAGGUUUUUGUAGUUCUGAGGUAAUUGUUUCAGCAGCUGUGUUAUAAUGAUGUUGGAGAAUAUCUAUUGUUGUCACAUGUACUGGUGUUUACAAACCUAGUUACUGGUUAAAACCAGUUAUUUAUUUAUAAAUUACUUUUGCCCAUACCAAACCCUUGAAAUCCUGACAUACAGUUGUGUAUAGUCCUAGCAGUAAAGCUUAUUCACGUCCUUGCAUUGAAUUAUAUUAUUUUUAUAUGAUCAUAUUUUGUUGAAGAAUUUUCUUGUGUAUUUCACUGAUCUUUACCAAUUAUAAGCUUUUGAUCUGCUGCUAUUUCUGUGAUAACUUUGUACGGUAUUAACCAGAUUGCUAUGUUGAUGAAAAUGAAUGCAUUUUAAUUUUGGAAUAUUAUAAAUAUUUAAAUUAAUCAGUGAUCUUAUUUCUACCAUAAUCCGUAUCAUGUUGAAAUCAUUUUUUUGGUUCUCUGAUAGGUAACAAAGAAUGGUACAUUUGUAUUAUUGCAAACUUUUUUUUGCCUAUUAUAGUAAAUUACAUGACUGUAGUUUUAACAAUUUUAAUGAGCAUUAUGUGUUAUACUGGUAGUGUUACUCCAUGAGUUACCAAUACAGCUGAAAUACACGUCAACAUAAUAGAGCCAGAUCAGUGUAUAUUAUAUACAUAUUGAUGGUUGAUUAUUUUAGUACUUUAUUACCAAACACUGUAAUAGAUAGCAGAAAAAAUUCACAUUUCAUGUGUUAUUUUCUUUUCUUAAUUAUUCUGUUUUUCACCAAAGUGUUUCAUUAUUAUUGUAUCAUGAAAGAUGAGAAUUUUUUUGUUUUUGAAAAUUUAGUUGUAUUGUUCACUAUAUUUUGAGUAGUACAUACAAUACGUAUAUAGGUGUUGAUUUUGUGUAUUAAUAUUGUGAGGAAUAAAACUCUGCAUCUGA